AUGGGGCCCCUAUUUAUCCAUAAUAAUAUCUAUAUUUCAGAUAUAAGUUCUGAAUUUACCAGUCAACUUAUCUCUCUUGAGGAAAUGAUCAUGGACAAAAAUGUAAAAACAAUUGUAAAAACAUUUAUCUUAAAAAAUGAUUUUUCUAUAAGUUACUCUGAAGUACUAGGAGCCUGCAUGUUAUUCUUAGUAUUGGCAGUUACAGUUGCCUCUGCAGAAAGAUCAUUUUCUAAAUUAAAACUUAUUAAUAACUUUCUGAGCAAUUCUAUAGCACAAAAUCGUUUGACUAAUAAAGCUAUACUUAAUGUUGAACAAAUUUGUACAUCAGAAUUAAAUUUGGAAAAGGUUAUAUAUGACUUUGCUAAUUUAAAAGCAAGAAAAAUGAAUUUCCGUUCUUAA